AUGCGCGCCUUUCCUGUCGGACUCCUGCUGCUCGCCCUUGCCCUCAUCGCCGCAGCUCACAUGAUGAAAGCAGCAUGUGGUGACAUCACUGUGAAACGCAUGACUCACCGCAUGCUGAAGGACUCGUAUGAAUUUGGAGAAGAUGGAGAAGAGAAGGUUGCAGAAGGUGACACGACGGCAGCAACGGCAAGCAGCAAGGUCACAGCGAGGCUUGCGCUCGAGACCAGCGGAGGUUCCAAGCUUCCCGUUGCCACAACGCUGGCAGCAGCAGCACGGAGCAAGGUCACUGCGAGGGUUGUUUUAGAGACCACCAGCAGCACCACCACCGACAGCACCACUGGCACCCCUGCUGACGGCGGUGGUAGCCUUGCUGAUGGCAUUCCCAACCCCACUCGCAGCAUCCUCAAUGAGGGUUCACCUCUGCAGUUCGCCACAACCGUGGCUGUCGGCAAGGCUAGGCUGAGCUUCGGCAGCCAGCGCUGCGUGAACGUGUCGAAGAAGGCGCGGGGGAAGGGCGCGCAAGUGUGGUGGAAGGGGGCUAACAGCAAGGCGAAAGGCUUUUCCUGCUCGCAGAUCAAGUUCUUCGGGAAGGGCGGCUGCCAGGGCGAGGAGCUUGACAGCAUGGUCAACCCGGGGACUGCUACUGCGGCCAAGUUCCCCAGCAACAAGAAGGCGCUCAGCAAUUGGGCCUCCGUGGCCUCUGUCCUCUGCACAGAUGCUCCCCGGGUGGCACCUGUGUGGUGGAUGAGAAGGGCGAGCGCUACUGCCAGUGGGGUGAGUUCUCAGGCGCCUCAAGAGUGCCUUUUUUACUUGGCGUCUGUCUUGUGCGUUGAUGCUCCCUGUGACGCGUUGGGCUGUGAGCCGGGUGGCACCUGUGUGGUGGAUGAGAAUGGCGAGCGCUACUGCCAGUGGGACUCACCCUGUGGCGCCUGCCCCACUGGAGCCACCUGCAAGACAGUGCCUGCGACUAACAACGGCUGGGUGCGGGUACCUUACUGCGCAUGUCCUUCAGGCUAUGGCAUGACCCCGACUGGGUGUGUUGAUGGUGAAGUGGCUACCGUUGCUUCUUACAGCGCCACUUACAUCGUCAAUCGAACCGCCAACGACUACACUUCCCGACCCUACACCUUCCGCCUCAACCGAAACGGCUGCACUCAAUACCCAGAUGCAGUGGCGGGGAAAUUCACGUCAGUGUAUAUUGUUGAUAACAUCGACGAUGCGCCGUGGUGCCCAAAAUUCCAAGUCUUCUCAACCGAUAACUGUGAAGGCCCUAGCGAUUACGACGACAAAGGCUCAGUCGAGGAGAUGUUUCUAGCAGGAUAUUCACU